AUGAUUUCCCAAAACAAACAUGGUUAUGCCAUUUGUUCCAUCAAGCCAAUCAAAUUCUCCUUUCGUCCACUCUUUGCCCUCUUACUCCUUUUCCUCUUCACCGCCACUCUCACAUCCCGAACCAUGCUCUCACAAAGUAAACUCACACAAAAAAUGAACACCCUUCUUCUAAACUAUGCCACCAUAGACUCCGUUGAAGAACAGUGGAAUCAGGAAAUCCAACAACUUCUCGAUUCAAGCCUCGGAAACGAAUCACGUGUCCCCGUAGCGUUGCGCUCUGCGUUGUUCCAAAGAUAUUUACCCCAUUUUCAAGAGGCUCUUAAUGAUUGGGCCAUGAAAAGGAACAACAAGAGUUCUCAACCCGAUAUCAUGUUAGAACUCACACGCCUAGUGAAGCACCCCAUUGAAAAGCACAAAGGGUUGGUGGGUUCCGAUCAUAAGAAAUACCAAUCGUGUGCGGUUGUUGGGAACAGUGGGAUUUUGUUGAAUACAAAUUAUGGGAAACUAAUCGAUUCCAACGAGGUUGUUAUUCGGUUGAACCAUGCGAGGGUCGAAGGCUUCGAGAACAAAGUAGGGUCGAAAACAAACAUUUCGUUCGUUAAUAGCAACGUAUUGCAUGCGUGUGGGAGAAUAGUGGGGUCAGGGUGCUUAUGUCACACGUAUGGUGCUGACGUGGCAACAAUUAUGUACCUUUGUCAACCAGCACAUAUCAUGGACUACACGGUGUGCAAUUCGUUCAACAAGACCCCUUUAAUGGUCACUGAUCCACGGUUCGAUAUGGUGUGUGCGAGGAUAGUGAAAUACUAUUCUUUGAAACGGUUUGUGAUGGAAACGGGUAUGGGUUUGAAGGAAUGGGGCCCGGCCCAUGAUGAGGCCUUUUUUCAUUACUCUUCUGGGUUUCAAGCGUUUAUGUUGGCUUUGGGAAUAUGUGAAAAAGUAAGCAUGUUUGGGUUUGGGAAAUCUGGUUCCGCCAAGCAUCACUAUCACACUAAUCAAAGAGCUGAACUUCAUCUGCAUGACUAUGAGGCAGAAUAUGCAUUUUACCGUGACAUUGUGGAUGGACAUAGGCCAAUACCUUUUCUUUCGGACGAGUUUCAUAUUCCUCCUGUGCUCAUGUAUCGAUGA